GUGACCUUGGAGAAGGUAUUGGGAGUCACUGUAUCAGGAGGCAGAGGACUGGCCUGUGACCCCAAAAGUGGUCUUGUUGCAUAUCCAGCAGGGUGCGUCGUUGUGCUUUUCAACCCCCGGAAAAAUAAGCAGCAUCAUAUUCUGAAUAGUUCCAGGAAGACCAUUACGGCCCUUGCUUUCUCUCCUGAUGGAAAAUACCUGGUUACUGGAGAGAGCGGGCACAUGCCAGCUGUUCGAGUAUGGGAUGUUGCUGAACGGACUCAGGUGGCGGAACUUCAAGAGCAUAAGUAUGGAGUGGCGUGUGUGGCUUUCUCCCCCAGCUCCAAGUACAUUGUCUCAGUGGGUUACCAGCAUGACAUGAUUGUCAAUGUUUGGUCAUGGAAGAAAAAUAUAGUUGUGGCAGCAAAUAAGGUCUCAAGCAAAGUGGCAGCGGUUUCAUUCUCUGAGGACUGCAGCUACUUUGUCACCGCUGGCAACCGGCACAUCAAAUUCUGGUACCUAGAUGACAGCAAAACCUCCAAGGUGAAUGCCACGGUUCCUUUGCUUGGGCGCUCCGGUUUGCUUGGGGAACUGAGGAACAACUUCUUCACGGAUGUGGCAUGCGGCAGGGGCAAGAAAGCAGACAGCACCUUCUGUAUCACUUCCUCAGGCCUCCUUUGUGAAUUCAAUGAGAAAAGGCUGCUGGACAAGUGGGUGGAGCUAAGAACUACUGUGGCAAACUGCAUUUCUAUGAGCCAUGAUUACGUCUUCUGUGGCUGUGCUGAUGGUACGGUGCGGAUCUUUAACCCUUCAAACCUUCAUUUUGUGACGACACUCCCUAAGCCUCACUUUCUGGGAACGGAUAUCGCAAGCAUCACUGAAGCCAGCCGGUUGUUCUCCAAUACGACUGAUGCCAAGUAUCCAGAUACCAUCGCCUUGACCUUUGACCCCAACAACCAGUGGCUGUCAUGUGUUUACAAUGAUCACAGCUUGUAUGUAUGGGAUGUCAAGGAUCCCAAGAAAGUGGGCAAGGUUUAUUCUGCCUUAUACCACUCCUUGUGUGUUUGGAGCAUUGAGGUGUACCCUGAGGUGAAGGACAGCAAUCAGUCUUGCUUACCCCCAAACUCUUUCAUCACGUGUUCCUCGGAUAACACCAUCCGCCUGUGGAACACGGAGAGUUCAAACAUUCAUGGGACUGCUCGGCAUCGGAACAUUCUAAGCAAUGACCUGAUGAAAAUUAUCUAUGUAGAUGGAAACACUCAGGCCCUUUUGGACACAGAGUACAAUACGGGUGGAGGUGCAGACAAGGUUGAUGCGCAGGCUCAAGACACAAAAAUGGGGAUUCGUACAGUGUCUGUGAGUCCCACUGGGGAGCACCUGGCCUCAGGUGAUAGAAUAGGCACUCUCAGGAUCUAUGAGCUGAAAUCCUUGAAAGAGAUGCUGAAGGUGGAAGCCCAUGAUUCUGAAAUCCUCUGUCUUGAGUACUCCAAACCGGAGACAGGGUUAAAGCUUCUAGCGUCAGCUAGUCGGGACAGGCUGAUCCAUGUUUUGGAUGCAGGGAAGGACUACAGCCUACAACAAACCCUGGAUGAGCAUUCGUCUUCCAUCACAGCAGUAAAAUUUGCAGCCAAUGAUGGAAAGGUACGAAUGAUCAGCUGUGGAGCAGAUAAGAGUAUCUAUUUCCGCACUGCACAGAAGACAGCAGAUGGGGUCCAGUUUACUCGUACGCAUCAUGUUGUUAGGAAGACCACUUUGUAUGACAUGGAUGUGGAUCCUAACUGGAAAUAUACUGCUAUUGGAUGCCAGGACCGGAACAUCAGGAUUUUCAACAUUAGCAGUGGGAAGCAAAAAAAGCUAUAUAAAGGAUCCCAAAGUGAAGAUGGCACUCUCAUCAAAGUACAAAUGGAUCCCUCUGGUCUCUACAUUGCAACAAGUUGCUCCGAUAAGAACCUUUGUAUAUUUGAUUUCUACUCAGGGGAGUGUGUAGCCACAAUGUACGGGCACUCAGAGAUUGUAACUGGGAUGAUGUUCACCAAUGACUGUAAACACUUGAUCUCUGUCUCAGGUGACAGCUGUAUUUUCAUCUGGCGGCUGAGUUCUGAGAUGACCAUCAAUAUGCGGCAGCGACUGGCUGACAUGAAACAGAGAGGGAAGCAAGCAGAGAAAUCACAGCUGGGCAAAACAGCUGGGCUCAUCAGACAUGAAUCUGCCUCUGUCCUCUCAUCUGCACCAGCACUUUCAUCAGACAGUGACAAAGAUGGUGAAGAUGAAGGGAAUGAUGAAGAUGAGUUGCAUGGUCUGCACUCUCUCCAAAUGCAAACCAACUCCAGUACUGAAAGGAAUUCAGAUUCAGAUCUUUCUCUUUCAAGAAGCUUAUCACAGUGGGAAAUGAGGAGGGCAAAAGACAUUGCAACAAUCCAGUGUACAGAGACUACUAUGAGCAAGGCACCUCGGCAGCGUGGGCGUUGGUCCCAGCCAACCAGCAGCCUGGAGAUGACAGUUAAAUCCAUGCUUGAUUUACGCCAGCUGGAGUCCUUCUCAGUCUCCCGGUCUCCUAGCCGAGACUCCAUGUCCCAGGCCAGCAAUGGAGAUGACCAAGAAGAGCAUGCUGAUAUCCCUCUGCAAGUUAACAAUAUUGGAGACUACGUGUCUCCUCAGGAAAAUCAGCCCUGUGUCCGACCUCAAGUUAUUCGGCUUUUAUCCUGUGAAGAUGGGAUUUUCCCCCAGGAACUGGAGCCCUCUGAGAGCGAGGAAUGUGUGAUCUAUCCAGAACAAGAAGAGAUUCACCGUGCAGAUAUUAGCAGUGAGUUCCAGGUAAAGGCACUCCCCCAUGGGAAGCUAGGUAGAGGCUACCACAUCAAUGGAUGUCCAGAUAAACACAGCCCUGACAGUGCCUGCUCUGUGGACUACAGCAGCAGCCGACUAUCAAGUCCAAAUGAAGAUUCUGAGAGCACAGAACCUCUCAGCGUUGAUGGUACCUCAGACUUGGAUGAACAGGUGGAAGGAGAGGGAGAAGAUGAUGAGGAAGAUGUGGGCACUGGACAACUGGGGGGAGAAGUCCCCAGGACUCCAGAUCAGGAGAAGUUUCUCAAGCAACAUUUUGAGACUCUGGCCUGUAAUGGUGAAAAGGGUGGAUCAUGUAGGACCCUGGAACGAACAGAAAACAGUAUUUCUUCUCGCUUUUUGUCCCAGUCUCCAGCUCUCAGACAGCUGUCACUUUCUUCAUCUAAUCUGGCACUGGAGCGAAAACUUCUUGAGGUUCCAGCCUUGUCAAAUCAAGUUCCUGCUGAUUUGUUGAAAUAUGAGAUUGAUCAGCUGAACUCGGUCACAGAGAAUGGCAGUUUUCAAAGUGAUGUGAAUUCCUUUAAGUCUCUUUAUGUGCACAGAAAGAGAAAACCUACUUUAGAGAUCAACAGAGGUCCUGGAAGACCUGUUGGGCCAUUCCCAGAUAGUGAUGGGAUGAUGAGAAAAUCCCAGUCAGUUCAUGACCUUGCCCAUAAUGAUAAGGUUCCAGGGGUGGUGAUGCCUUCUGCUGGGCAACGUCCUCAGACACUAAUGGUAGGUGAGAAGGAUCCCAGGUCUAAUUACUGCCGGAUGUUGCCUGCAACUUUGUUGAAGAUGGAUGGCUCCAACUCUCUACAAACCAAAGACUGUAAAGCUACAAAACCCAAAUCCUACAUGAACCCUACCACUAGCUUUAUGGCCAAGAUGUCCCGUAGCAUAUCUGUGGGAGAAAAUCUAUGCCUUGAUGAUUCUGCAGAAACUAUGACUGAAGGAGAGAUCAGCCUCCAGGUACCAGAGAAGAUGCUGCUAAAUGCUUCAGGAGACGCAGAGAAGAACAAACCUCUUGUAAAAGAAAAUGGCCCAGUGAAACCUGCUCUUCAGCAAGCCACAAGCUCUUUGUCACCCAAGUCCUUUCACAGCAAGUUAACAUCUAACCGGGCCCACUUGAUUCUUGACAUCCCCAAACCACUACCUGACAGACCGACAUUGGCUUCUUUCUCACCAACUGCCAAAUCAAAAACACUAGAAUCUCCCCAAUCACCUGCUGGUACUGGUAAAAAGAAGCAUUCCUUUCCUGAAGGCCGGACUUCUAAGAUGGGAGGCCAAGUAGCUGUGUUCUUGAGCCCUGGCAGAGAUUGCCCAGCAAACUCCUGUGGAGAGAUCUUGAAAGAGAGCCAGACGUUAUUGAGGACUGAAGUCCAGUUUGAGCCAGGAGUUACUAACUCCCAAACAAAAGAGUUUUCAGAUGGAUUAUCUCCAGAGUUUCCAGAGGGCAGUGUACUGGGAUGCGCAGGCAGCAUUGCCAGAUCUGGCUGCAUGGCAGAUACCCAGCGUGAGUUUUCCGCUCUUGAACAAAGCAGACUGAGGUCUCCCACAACAGUGGUGGCCCGGGCAGAGGACUCAGGAGGUUCUUCUGUCAGUAUUGAGCAGUGCAAGCAUGUUGUGUCAGAGCUCCAAGACAGCAUGCGCAAGGCCAUCCAUCUGUACCAUGUGGUAUCUGCUGACCUGGAGUCUUCGGCAGACAAAAAUGAGAUGGCUGGCCUCUUGACUGAGACCUUCUCUCUAAUGAAAAAAGAACUAGAUUCCCUCAAGGAUGGGAAAGAACUCCAAAAGGAAAAGGUGAUGUUGGUGAAUCAGCAGGAUUCUGUUGUGAUGCCACUGAGUGAGGAAAGCAGUGUCCCCUUAUCAAUCCCUCAGCAUUUUGGGGAUGAGCAGACUCUUGCUUUGUUGGAACAAUACUCCAAGUUGUUACUACAAGCUGUUGAACGACGUAUGGAUAAAAAAGUCUAAAAAGUCGAAAUGAACUUUUUGAAGUGAUAAUCACACAGGAAAACUGAGUACAUGGUGGAAGCCCGGGAUUGAAUGCCAUUAUCCUCUUUGGAAAGAGGUUUUUUCCUCCCUUAAAUAAGGAACAAUGCUCUUUAAGAGUCCGUCUGUGAAAAAUGUGCUGGUCACAGUACUGAUCCUUUGUGUGCUCUUCCUCUCUUUGAACAUUGUUUAGAAAAACUGCCUGGAACUUUCUUCCAGGCAAUAUGUUUUAAGUUAGGCUUUAAAAAAAAAAUUCUGCAGGAACAAACAACACACUUUAUUGUAAUCUGUGGCCCAAUCUGAAAUGGUUGGUUUUGAAAGAGAUAAAGAUGGCACCAAUCACUCCCUCCUUUAGGCUUGUCUUGGUCAAUGUACAGACUGCUAAACUUUUUAUUUAUUAAUUUAUUUUUGUGGUUACAGCUCUCAGUGUUUUACCUACAUUUUGUAGCCGUGGCUGUUUUUCUGUAGCCUUCUCGCUAUCCUCAGUGAGAGACAACUUUGUUACAGUAAAUGGAUUCAUAGAAUAGCAGGCAGGAUUACUAAAGUAUUUUCUGCUGCUGCCUGCCUUGUUGAAUUUCACUCCCUAUUGCCUAGGUUUACUACACAGAGACCUUUUCCUAUUUAUACUUCUUAAUAUCCUCUGUCUUUGGUUUCGAUAAUAAAGGCCUGUGCUUUACUUAUAUAUGCACUUGCUUCCAGAGGACGAUGUACCCUUUGGACCAAGCUCUGGAGAUUUGUUACAAGGCUAUUUCUAAAUAGAACAGCAUGUUUUGUUUUGUUUUUAAAAAGCCUGUUUUUAACAUUUUCUCAGAUUUUUUAAAAAAUGAAACUUGAUCUUUUGUCAGACAUUAAAGUGUUUCAGAGUAAUUGAAGAAUCUUUUAUGAAGUUUUUAGCCACAUUGUCCAACUGGAAUUGUAUAAAGGUUUCUUGAUGUUAAAACAAUUCUAUCUUGGGAGAUUUAGAUCUUGAGGGCACCCGGGUAGAGGGCGGGCUCUUUAAACGAAAACAAGAAAACACAGGAUGGCUGUAGCUUUUGUUCCAUCCUAAUGGGAAUGUAAAGAUUGUUUGCUCUCCAGCACUGUUCAAGAGAUGCAUAAGACAUGCCUAGCCUGCCAAGAUAGGGAUCCUUUCAUUUGUUUCCAUGGCUAAUGGCAAAAAACUAUCAAGUGUAAGUGGGUACCAAAUACAAGCUGCUGUGACAAUUUCCAUUUCCUUUUCUAUUAUAGAUCUUUGGGAAGAAAUGCAAUUUUAAAAAUACAUAUCUGUUGAGUGGGAAUGAAAGAUGCAUGGGUUAUUGUGUUCAGUGGCCACCUCAUCUUAUCAGUCUUGUCCAAGCCCUCUAAAAGGUGCAUGCAAGUCUCUUAUAUACUACUCUCGUUCCCUCUCGGGCAACACAAUUUCUAGUUUACUGAAUUAUCAGUCUUACCAUGUUCCAAAAGUGCUGGUUGACACAGAUGAAAACAUUUUAAAAAUACCUGUCCUUCAAAGUGUUUAAUGCUGCUGGGUUUUUGGUCAGAGACUGAGAGCGACUUAUUCUAGUUGGCUUUUUCCUCCUUCACUUUUGGACUUGUCAUCCAGGCAAUUUCUUAACUGACAACCCCUAUAGCAGGGCUUCUGGUCUGAGACAGGGUGGAUCUCAGGACUGGAGCUGCAGUUCAUGAGGUCCUUGGCUGGCUUGGCCAGCCACCCAUAACUGAACUCCAAGGCUGGCGACUUGGUAUUUUGUGUGUGUUUUUCUGUACACCUCUCCUAGAACUUUUGUGCUUAUUUUAGAUAUUUUUCUUUGACAUUUCACAGAAAGAGUUUGACUGGUAGUUAAGAUACAGACACCCAAACUGAGGUCCUGCUAGUCCUUUCCUUCCAUAAAGGAGCAUGGAAUCGGUCAGAGACGUGAUUUAGGUAGCAACGAUUGGCCAUCCAUCAAGUGAAAGUUAGGAUUGUCUUUUGCCUGUACAGGAAAGAUCUUAAAAGGCAAAAUAUGUCUGUUUUAUAUUUAAACUGUGAAAAUAAUGUUCAGUGAUCAGGAAACAUGCAUAUACAUACUCAGGUCAAAGAGCUUUCUGGUAUCCUGUGAUACCACAGAGUUGGAGGUUCUUGGUGUGGUGUUCCUUAAUUUAACCUUUUGAAUUUGCCAAAUAUAUUGGUAUGAGAGCAGGUUCAAGUUUCUGAUUGGCUUUCUAUGGACACUACCCAAUAGAUUUAUUUGGGAUGCUCUUGGAUAAAAAAGCAAAAUGAAACAAGUUCUAUAUUGAUGUCAAAACGGGGCUUCCACUGGAUAAUUCAUGUGAAACUGCUUUUAACAUUCAGCACUGUCUGCUUUCAUGAUUCAAGAUGGGAAAACAAAAUAAUGGUGUGAGAAAUGAACUAGAAUUGUUUUGUGUGGCCUUAAGUAAGUAGAUACGGAACGGAAGGAUGUAUGAGUUGGCCUGUAGUUUCCAGUAAUACAUUUAGUAAUAGAGCCAAGACCUCUAGAAAACUUGUAGUGCAGCUACAAAUUGUUUUGGGAGGCAAAACAUGGAUGAAUAGUCUUUAGAUAGGAAAGAGAUAGUUAACCAGAGACAGAGUUUAGUUAAGUAGAACUGGACAGGAAUUUGUUGAUGAUGAUUAAAGACUGGAAAGAGAUUGUAGUUCUUAAGUCUUUUAAUGUGUCCCCUACUUUUCCCACUUGUGUUCAUGAUUUGGGAAGAUUUUGGGAAUGCCUUUCCUCUGCCGAUUGUUGUUUGGGCCACCUGGCUCCCAUGAGUUUCUUAGCAUGACUGUCAUCCAGCAGAAGCCCUAAAUCAUUGUUGAUGUCAUAAGAAUUUGUUUUUGCAAAGCUGCUGCUUUAUCUGAAGAAAAUACUUGGAUAGAAAAUGUUUUAUUCAUUGGUGGUACCGUGCUGCCGGCUGCAAGUAUCAAUUGUGGAACACUGUAAGGAAUAACUGUUAUGAGUAAGGUUGUCAUAUGCCUGCUGGCACUCCAGCAGCUGGAGGGAGAAAAGUAAAAAUUUAAAAACACACCAUCAGCAACAGCAUAUCGCUCCUGGGAAAAAAAACAGGAGUGAUGCCAGCCCUCUCUAGAAAUCGCUGAAAAAGCUAUGGCUUUACUGCAGCGCUUCUGGCAAUUCCUAGAGAGGUGUGUCGUCACUUCCAGGUUUUUCCUAGAAGUGACAUCAUGCUGCGGGUGAUGGUUUCCCCCCAUGUCCCCCCCUCUGCUUCAGUCUCCCACUGCUGGCUAGGCCAAGCCUGGCAACCCUAGUUACAAGUCAGUAAAGUAAUUCUGCUAACUGUAUUUUGUUUUACAUUGCAUGCAAGUUAUAUUACAAGUGUCCAUGAUCCCCAUUAGGAAAUCUUCCAAAGAUACUGAGAAGCUGGAAAAAUAUAAAUACGUGUAGUAUUUGACUCUGGCCUACUUCUACCAUUUUCUUUAAACUAUGUGCAUGCAAACAUAAUGUAUUAAGACAAGUGUGGAAAGUAUGUCCAAGACCCUGGAUCUAUCACUUAUGUAUUACCUCCAUGCUUCCUGUAAUAUUUCUGAGCAGGGUAACUUGAAAAUGAUUUCUUUGUGUAUGCUGUUUUUCUUUUCAAAGACAGUCCUUAGAAAAGUGAACAAAUACCUGUGCACUUGAAUGGGACAAAAUGGCCUGUUCUUGAAAACCAAAUUGUGUUUACACCAGCUUUUGAUACAUGCAACUGGUGCUACUGGAUAAGGCUGUUUUAAUUGUCCACUUGAUUCUAAUCAUUUACUUUUCUACUGAAGAUCACUCUAAUAGCUGAUCCUAUUAGAUACAACUUUCACUCCAAUGUUCCAGAAUAAAUAAACUUCCCGCCACAAAAAAGCUACUGCUAAGGCCUAUGUUGAAAGUAUUAUAAACCUAAUCAUUACAUACUAGUACACCGAUGCCCAGGCACUGGAGCGCCAGCAUCCUGCAUUUCCAGUAUUUUACAACUUAGUUGGAGGGAAGCAUCAUCAUCUUGUGGCCCUUCAGGUAUUGCUGACUCAGUUGUUCUUUUUGUAGAUUAAAAAAAAAAGUAUUCAGAAUAUGGGACUUUUGUGUAUAAUAUUCUGGACUGGGAUGCUUCUAUACUAGGCUAAUCCGCUGUAAAUCACAGGCAGUGUGAUGCAUGGGGCAGCAACCUUAGGAAUAAGCCAUGUCUACUUAGCAUGUCUAAGUUAUGCCACAAGCACCAGGUGGACAUCCCUUUGUUUCCUGUGUUCUUUCUACACUCCCUCUUCACUGUCCAUUGGUUUAAAAGGAGAUAACAAACCUGAAACUUUUAUUUAUAAAUGUGUUUUUUCUACCUUGGCUUUAAGAGAAAAAAAAACCUUUAAAAUGCCUUUUUUAAUUAUUUGAAAUACCUGUUUUAUGUUUGUGGGGGUUUUGCACUGUA